CUCACACGAAGGAGCCGCCAAGUUUACGUGAAAAUACCGAGAGGUGAACGUCAGUCAGUCAGUGAACGAGGUACACAAGGCAACUCCACCUACUGAACAGUUAAACGUUACGGACUGAACAUCAGUCAGACACUGUGUGAACUGCACAAGUCAACUGAACCUUUCUCACACGUUAACAAGGUGGAGAUGUUGAGAGGUGUGGUUGUUGUGGUGUGGGCGCUGAGCCUCGUCUGUGUCUGGGGUCAAACUGAUCUUCGACGGUUGUAUGAGAGUUCCAGCACCGUGUCUCUGACGUUGCUGGAGCUCAGGAAGGUCAUGAAGGAGGGUCAACCCCUGGCUAAAGACUACAACGUCAAGGUCAUCCUCGAUCAACAUGAAUCUCUUCCUUCCCUCAGUUACUGGGAUCUUGUCUUGAAAGACAGUGGAGGGAAACAGGGAAUAUACAAGAGCCAGGCCAACUCCUACACUCAAACAGAGAUAGAGUUUGAGACGGAUAUAACAGAUGUAAACUUCGUUUUUGUCGUGGCAAAGGAUAGUUCGAGCGCUGUUAUUGCAACAUCCUUUGAUGAGCUCGAGAUUAAAGACGGGAAAUCAAAACUGGCCUGGGUAGGAAGUGAGUACGUCUCCUCGAGGUCACAUCUGAGGGUGGACACGGGAUUCCUGCAGGAGGUGAAGGCUGGCGAGAUGAUAUGCAGGCAAAAAAAUACUCCUUGUUACUUCCUGAACGCUGAACUUCCUGAGGACAUCCCUCGCUGCUCCCCCAUUUUAUCGGGAGUCAGCAAGAACACAGUCAAUGUGUGCGACGACACCAUCACCAGGUUCCAAGGAACGGCGGAGAGCACACAAGUGGAGCGCAGUGGCAACAACCUGACUGUGAGGGCAGACUUCUCAACCGCGCCCUCCAAGGUGGAGGUGGUGGUGGUUGACCCCAGUGAUCCUUCCACAAUGCUGUCUCCUGAGGGUUACAAGUGCCAGAGGCUGGAGGACUCCCGGCACCCGGGUUAUUGUACCCAGCAACUGAACGGCGCCAAGGACCUGAAAAGACUCAUGGUGAUUGUGGUCGCCCUUGAUAGUGAAGGCUAUGUCUUAGAGUCCUCACUCACCAUGUAUGAUGGAGGAGAAACAAAUCGUCGACCAAGAAGAGUGCCUCCCGGGCCUCAGGGAACUACAGAGCUGCCAACACGAGGAUCAGCAAGAUGACGCUGUGGCCGCCUUGUUACACUUUUUGUGUGUUAAAUGUAGGUU